AUGGCGAGGUCGUCUUUUUUACGGACGUUCUUCUGCAGGGGGUUCAGGUUGCCGCUUCAACCUGCCGUGCAGAAGAUACUUGCCCAGAUUGGGGUGUACCCUAGAUUCCUUUUCACCGAGAACUCAAUCAGAGCCCGCCUCGUCAGCCCUGUCGAGGUGACAGACGCUAGGAGAUCUGCUGAAGCCAAGAGGAUGAACGAAUCCUUCAAAAGGCGCCUCAUGAUGGGUCUAAAGGAGAAGAAGAAGAAAUGGCAGCUGGAAGCAGUCCUGGUACCGGCAACAGAGGUUGAUCUAGAGGAUCAGACCCUUGCCGAUCGGCUACGGCAGCUGAGCGCUGAGCCUGUGCCAAAUAGAGCCGCCGAAGCUGACUCCACACCGAGGCUGGGACAGGCCACCGAAGCCGCUGCCUCUAAGGCAGCUGGGAAGCGGCCGGUAACGGUGGAUCUGGACGCUAAGCCCAUGUCCAAGUGUGGUCGGCAGACGGAGGCAUCAAGGGCUAUUUUUGCCGUCGAGGACGAGGAUGGCCCUGCCAUGCCCAUCAACAUCGCCUGUCCUUUAAAGACGGUCCAAUUUGUGAACGACAUGAUUCUGGGUUCGCAGAUGGAGCUGUCAGAGAUUGAAGAGAUCCCGAAGAGGCUCAUUCGGGAGGAGGCCGGGCGUGCUUUCUGUCUUCAGGCCUCAGCGUUCAUGGACAUAUGGCUGUGCAUGAGGCGGGCUAUUACGGCUGCCGAGCGCGCCAAAAAGGCUUAUGAGGAUGGACGUGCCAAGGUGGCCGAGGCAGGCAAGGCGCUCCAGGACCACGCUCAUCUCCUCAAGGACAAACAAGCUGUCGAAUGGCAAGUCAAAGCUUCCGAAGCCAAGCUGGAGGAGAUGAGGGCGGCUUUGGACCCUAUGGUGACAGCAGCGAAGAUGCCGAGGCGGAAAAAGGGGUUGUGUAGGUGGUCCUGA